AUGUUGGCUUUCAUUUUUUAUUCUGAAUUAUCUCCCUUUGCUUCAAAUUGUUUGUCUUGCCUACCACCGUCCAAAUCUGACCGAACUUUCAGUUUUCCUUUCUUUCUUUCUUUCUUUCUUUCUUUCUUUCUUUCUUUCUUCUGUAAUUUUUACUUCUAUUUCAUUAUCUUCAUUUUCUUCUUCAUUAGCAGUUUUUUCUUUUCUUUUUUAUCUUCUUUUUGUACGUUUUCAACUGCUUCUGCCAUUUUUCUUUUUCCUUAUCUCUUUCGUUUUUUCCUCGCCGUUUUCUUUCCAUCAUUUUCUCACGUUUGCUUCCCUUUGUUUUUCCUUGACUUUUGCUAUUUCUUUUUCCUCUUCUCCUUUUUCUUCUUCUUCUUCUUCAUUCUCUUUCUUUCUUUCUUUCUUUCUUUCUUAUUUUCUUCUCCUUUCCUUUUAUGCUUCUUCCUCUUCGUUUUGUCCCCUAAGAAAAAAUCUAUUCUUUUUUUCAUUUUCCUUCCCUCAUAUUCUUCAGGCUUCUCUCUUUCUCCUUUACUUAAUUCACUUUCUUUUUUGUUUUCUACUCUUCCUUCUUAUUCUUCGUCUUUUUCUUUUUCUCUUUUAAUGACUUCUUUAUUGCUUCUUCGUCUUACCUACAUUCUUCCUUCGUUUCUUCUUAUGUUACUCCUUUUUUAUAACUUUAUUCUUUUUCACUAUCUUAUUUUAUAUCUUCUUUUUACUUUUAUUUUUUUCUAUUCUUUUGCUUCCAUUUUUCUACUCCUUUUCGUUUUCUUCCUCUUUUUUCUUAUUUAUUUUCUCCCUUUUUAUCCCCGUUCUUUCAUUCUUUUUCUUUCUUUCUUACAUUUUGUCUUUUACAUUCUUAUCUGUUUUUCCUUCUUUUUUGUCUUUCUUCUUUUUAUAUAUUUUUUUUCAAUUCUCAUUCUGUUUAUUGAAUUUUCUUUCGUUUCUUUAUUUGGACUCCAUUUCCGCUUUCACUUUCAUUUUUUCUUCUUUACAACUUUUUAA